CACCGACGCGUUGGCUGGGCGACAAUGCUAAGCUCAUAAGAGAUUUGAUUGAUUAAAUUACAAAUUAUAGAAUAAUUAUAUAUGGCGAAUUAUAAUAUAUGACGGAGUAAGUAAAGAAAGAUAUUAAAUAAUUACAAAGACAAUAGACGGGAAAAGAGUGUAAAUCGACAAAGAAGAAGGAGAAGGAGUACCAGGUACAAUAGUGACAAAAACAAGAGUGUAAAUCGACAAAUUAGAAGGAGAAGGGGUACCAGGCACAAUAAAUCGCGAGACUGACGACAAUGUUUCGCUCUAUCCACUGCGUGGUUAAUAGUGCAAGAAAUGGAUCACGACACUACACGGGGUCCGGGUCACUGGAGACUGGAAAUUACCAACGGGUGGCAGAUUACUAUGCGGGUAAAUCAGUUUUCGUCACAGGAGCUACAGGGUUUGUUGGGAAGGUAUUUAUUGAAAGGUUACUUUCCAAUUGCAAGGAUAUUGAAAAUGUGUUUGUGCUGAUUAGACCUAAGCACGGCGCAGACACAGAAAAACGUUUACAAAAAAUAUUUGAUGUUCCGCUUUUCAACAAAUUAAAACAAACAAGGCCUGGUGAUCUGAAGAAAGUAAUUCCCAUCAAAGGAGACAUUACAACAUCCCAGCUGGGUUUAACGCCAGAUGACAAAGAGACUUUGGCUGAUAAGGUGUCUGUAGUAUUUCACUCAGCAGCUACCGUCCGAUUCAUAGACAAAUUUCAAGAUAUGAUGAACAUUAACGUAGAGGGAACACAACGAGUGAUAGAUUUGUCUAAGGAAAUAAGAAAUUUAAAAAAAUUUGUCUAUAUUUCGACUGCCUUUUCAAAUUCACAUAUAAAAGUAGUUGAAGAGAAGCUAUACACUCCUAAGAAAGAAUUAUCCGCAGUCCGACAAAUGAUACGAGACCAUGGAACAGAUGAUACGAAAGUUAAUGAAUAUGUCGCGGAUGUUACUAAUACAUAUACACUAUCUAAGGGGUUAUGCGAAGAACUGGUGAGGCAAAAUAAAGAGUACUUACCUACUAUUAUAGUACGACCAUCAAUGGUUACUCCAAUGUACCACGAGCCACUUCCUGGUUGGGUGGACAGUUGGGUGGCAGCUACAGCCGUCUUCAGUAAUUUAUCAAGGGGUCUGAAUCCGUACAUUUAUAGCACUGAGGACGUCGUUUGCGAUCUUAUUCCCGUUGAUUACGUUGCAAAUUUAAUCAUCAUAGCCGGGGCUAAAGGAGCUAUAACGGAUGACAUCUCUGUGUAUAAUAUAAACUCCAGUUCGGAAAAUCCUAUUACUUGGAAAGACGGUUCUGAUUUAUAUUUAGAACAAAGCAAGCGAUUAGGCUACUGUAAGUAUAAUUCACCUACUUUGAAUAAUUGA